CAACAAAAGGAAGUGAAACACUUCUUACGUGGCCGUUCUUCUUUCGCCUUCUUGCACAGUCGAACGAGCUUGGGUUUCCAGCGUUGACGCCUGAACAGUAACACACGUGGCAUAUCACAUGACUCCGCAACCGCAAUCUCAUCUACCGCCUUAAAAUUGCCAGGCAUUCUUUUGUGCCCGCAUUCACCAUAAACGACAUCAUACCCUCUCCUCUUUCACCUCGCACCUCACUCACACAUUCAUCCGGAAUCUUCGGCAAUGCAGGGCAUGUCGUCGUCAUCCGCCGACAAUGCUUCCUGAUGCAACAAUCGACAGUGCAGCUGAGAAGCUUGCCGAGUUCCGAAACAACAACGCCCUCAACGACAUUCUCGACCAAUACGCUGUUCUAAUCGAAGACUAUAAGCGUCUUAAAAGCGAUUAUGAAGAAGAGCGUGAGGGUAGAGAGCGCUACAAGCAGCUCGCAAGAGGUCAAGAGCGUAAUCCUUUUGCUCUUGUAGUCGUCGAUGGAGAUGGUUACAUCUUUGAUGAACGCUUCGCCAAAGACGGUGAAGAAGGCGGAAGCAGAGCCGCCAAGCAACUCAACGAUACUAUCAAAGAUAGUCUACGCCGCAAAGGCCUCGAAUCCUGCGAGGUCAUGGUCCGCGUCUACGCCAACCUCACAGGCCUAUCAAAAGCCCUCUGCAAAAACGGUCUCGCCGGUGCAGAAAAGCGAUCAUUCUCAUCCUUCACAGCUGGAUUCAACCGAUCUUACGGUCUUGCUGAUUUUAUCGACGCGGGCGAAUUAAAAGAAAACGCCGAUUUUAAAGUCAAGGCCAUUCUUCGUCUCUACGCCGACAACGCUCAGUGCAAGCAUAUUUACUUUGCCGCCUGCCAUGAUGUGGGCUACGUAUCCGACCUUAUCCCCUUUAGGGGCAACCGUGAAAGAUUCACGCUUAUUCGAACGCCGAGUGUGUUGUUUCAUAAGGAGUUUGAUAGACUUGGCAUGAACAUUGAAGAACUCCCUGGUGUAUUCCGCCAUGUGCCACUCACAUACGCUUAUUCUACUGCGCAAACAAAGACGGCUCUUGCGUCGUCUAACAAUAUCAGCAAAGUCAACAGCUCACCAUACACAAAUUCUACGAUCAAAGGAAACUCGAAUGAAGGGAACUCGGUCUGCAGCUUUUACAUGCAAGGAAAUUGCCGAUAUGGCAGCGGCUGCAAGUUCUCUCACGUCGACAGUAAAACAUCCAGUCAGAAUAGCACACCUUCGCCAUCUACUAUCGGCACAAGCACAAAGAACUUUGCAAGCGAUUGGCGACGCGGUUCCAGCAUCACUAAGAGUAACAUCGAGUCUCUACCACUAAAGGAAGAAAUCCCAGAUGGUUAUGUGGCCAUCAAUGCAGUCGAAGAUCGUCUCGACGCAUACUUACCUCCGCCUGAUCCCGACGCCUCAAGACGCCUCAAGAUGCUAUCGCAGGAGAAAAGAUUCUGCAAUAAUGCACAACUGUAUAACUCAUGCGACAACGACAACUGCGAAUAUGAACAUGCACCGAUCGAUAAAGAGCUUCUCCCAGCGCUUGAGCACCUUUCUCGCUCUGUGCCUUGUACUCGCCGAGGAGCUUGCCGAAGAGCAAACUGCGUUUAUGGCCAUGUCUGUCAGCGGGCAGAUUGUCGUCACCGAACUGGCGGGAAGAGCUAUUGUCGUUUCCCCCAGCGAGUUUGCACCGCAGAUUAUAAUGCUGUCGACUUCGUUCCGGUUAUUGAUCCGCCUAUGAUGUCUCAAUCUCUGCACUCUGAAGAUGUGGAUGGGUGCAACGCUGAAAAUGGAGGGACGAAUCUGUGGGGAGUUGAGUAGACAACUACAAACUAUAAUGGUAUACCUGAUAGGAUGGGUAUACAUAUAACGCGUUUUGGUGAAGGAGAUUAUGUUUCUACCUCCAGGGCCUCAUUAUAGGAUGGCUGAGGCUUGAGGGCGCUCAUUAUCUUGUGGAAUUGCCUUCGCCCGUACAGUAGGGCAAAUACGGAAGGCCAGGGGUUUUUUAUGUCCAUUCAACUGGACAGGUCAAAGGGAGAAGUUUGGAUGGACCGUAUUCAAGAAAAUCGAGUUUGGACGUCUCAUGAGAAAGGCACUAGAAUACGGUACUCGGACAAAUAUAAAUACAAGGACACUAUCGCGGUGAAGAUUGACUCGGCACUGUGACAAAACGUGGGAUAUUUGUCCUGAAGUUGCUCUGAUUGUUUGGGUCGUAGCUGAAGCUUCGACUCGACAGCUUACGAAAGCCAAUGAUCUUGGAUUCUGCGAAGAUUGGUGCACGAAACAAUAGGAUUUGCC